GUUUGAUGGAUCUAAAAUUCUCUCUGGUGUGAUUCGAUGACAAAUUAGAGAAUUUUUUCAAAUAGUACAAAUUAACGACAUGUUAAAGGAUUUUUUAUCUGCAAAUAAUAAGUCACACACACAUACACACUAGAAGUAAUUAGUAUAUCUUGACUACUAUAUUUAUACGAUCGAACAGUAGUGUAGAUUUCAAAUUGUGUAUAAUUGAAUUUUGCGAUUAAUUUUGAAAUAUAAAAGUCUUAUCUCAUAAACAAUGUGGAUGUGGAAAACAUCAGUUAUUACCGCAUCGGAUCAUAUAUUUCCCGGUUUGGCAUAUUAUGAUAGAAGAAAAGAAUUUUAUGACAUAGGAAAUCAAAUACAGUCCAGCUUACCGUUACAAAUGGCAUUGUAUUUUAACGUAUGGGUAUAUCCUCUGUGGCUUCUUGUAAUACUUGUUAAUUUAGACACAAAAUAUUACUAUUUGACUGAUGUAUACAAAUUUAUAACUGUGGCAGUAUUUAUCAUUAUAUCCAUACUGGAAGGUAUACGAUUGUAUUUGGGAUACCUUGGGAAUUUAACAGAAAAGAUUCCAGAACUGGCGAGCUUUUGGCUUAUAUCUACUCUUAUACAUUUUCCUUUGGAGAUGUUCCUCCUUCUUGAUCGCAAAACCAGACCUCAUUUUAGUGAAACAAUCGCCAAUAGUGUCAUGACGUUUCUACUUGUCACAGAAAUUAUAACAGCCACAGUGGCUUUAAAGAAAUCCGCAGAUCAUCACGCUAAAAGAUUUUAUAUCGCACAGUUAUACGGGAUUGAUGACGAAACAUCGCAACAAUGAUUCAACUGUAAAUUUAUCAUCGAAGGAAGAAUGGUAAGCUUGCAAACUCGGUGGUACGAUAUAUUGUCUCCGUAAUGUUUUUUGUUUUGCUAAACUUAACUUAUUAAAAUAAUUUAAGAUAUUA